AUGGUCCAACUCAGCUCAUCGUGGUUUCUUACUGCUCUGGUUUUACCAGCUUUUGUGCAAGCUCAAUCAUUCUCAGAAUGUAAUCCAUUGAAGACUUCAUCAUGUUCCCCAAAUAAAGCUUUGGCUACUUCAUUUUCAACUGAUUUCAAAGAAGAAUCAAGCUGGUUCCAUGCUGCUACUGUUAAAGAACAAGUACAUUACACAGAUGAAGGUUUGAAAUUGACUUUGGCCAAAAGAUUUGAUAAUCCAUCCGUUAAAUCCAAUUUUUACAUUAUGUAUGGUAAGCUGGAGGUUAUUUUGAAAGCUUCACCAGGUACAGGUAUUGUUUCUUCAUUUUAUUUACAAAGUGAUGACUUGGAUGAAAUUGAUCUUGAAUGGACUGGUACAGAUGAUACUCAAGUUCAAACAAAUUUCUUUUCAAAAGGUAAUACAACAACUUAUGAUAGAGGUAAAUUCCAUCAAGUUGAUAGUCCACAAAGUCAAUACCACAACUAUACAAUUGAUUGGAGCUUAGAUGAAUUAGUUUGGUAUGUUGAUGGUCAAGUUAUUAGAACUCUUAAAAAUGAUACUACUGAUGGCUACCCACAAAGUCCUAUGUAUGUCGUCUUGGGUAUUUGGGCUGGUGGUGAUCCAGAUAAUGCACCAGGUACAAUUCAAUGGUCAGGUGGUGAAACUGAUUACACAAAAGUUCCAUUCAAUAUGUACGUCGAAAGAGUUGUUGUCACUGAUUACUCCAGUGGUUCAGAAUAUAGUUAUACUGAUAACUCUGGUGAUUGGACUUCUAUUGAAGCAAAAGAUGGUUCAGUUAAUGGUAGACAUGACGAUGCUGAAAAAGAAUUUGAAACUUUAGUUGCUGGUGGUACCAUUUCAUCUGAUCAAUCUUCUUCUGAAUCUUCAUCUUCUUCUGACUCUUCUUCUAGCUCUUCAGAUGAUGAUGAGUCCUCUUCAAGUUACCAUGAUGGUUUAUCAAGCUCAAGAUCAAGAGUUGAAAGUGUCACAUCAUCACAUUUAUAUACAAGAUCAGAAUCAUCAAGUAACAAUAGAAAUGCUGUAUCAACUACAUCUGAUGCUGCUACCUCCACUGAAGACUCUUCCUCUGGUAACUCAACUACUGGUAAAUCUGGUUCUGCUGUUGGUUCAGGCUCAAAUUCCACAAAUGGUUCAUCUUCAACACAUUCAGUAGUUGAAUCAAAUGGUGCUGGUGUUUCAGUCAACUACCCACAACCAAUUGGUAAAAGUGGUAUCAAAGCUUUUAUUUUGAGUACAUUUAUAGCUCUUGGUAUCAUGUUAUUCAUGUGA